UGCCGAGGAUCUCUAAUGGGGAGAAGAACUGUUUGUAAACAAAACAGUUUUCAUUGUCAGCUUGUGCACAUACGUAGCAGUGUGCUUACAGUGAAGCACAAACACACCCAGCACACAGUUAACCCUUUGAUCGCCCCUCAUGUUAACCCCUUCCUGUCCAGUGCCAUUAGUACACUGUCAGUGUAUUUUUUUUAGCACUGAUCACUUUUUUGGUGUCACUGGGGAUGUCAGUGACACCAAGUCAGUUCCCCCCAGUGUCAGAAUGCCCGCCGCAGUCCCGCUAUAAAGUUGCUGAUCACUGCCAUUACUAGUAAAAAUAAAAAUUCCAGUAUAUAUACACACCGCCAUUUAUAAACACUAUAAAUUUCACGCAAACCAAUUAAUUUA